AAUCUCCUGUUCUGUGGGUAGGAGGGGGCAGGCAAGGAUAUCCAGGAAGGCUGGAGAAGAGUUUAUGCAACAAGAUGGAUGGGGGCCCUAGGAGCUAUAAGAAAGUGGGUCAGGACCUUUGCGUGAGCUUCAGCCAUGCCACUCUUUGGGCUGCUGCUGCUGCUGCUGGCCCUGCUAACUGUCUUCCACCUGCUCUGGGGCUAUUUGAAGCUUUGGAACCUCCAUCUCCCCCCUCUUGUCCCUGGCUUCCUGCACCUGCUGAAGCCCAACCUGCCCCUGUAUCUGUUAAGCCUGUCUGAGAAACUUGGGCCUAUCUACAGGCUCCACUUAGGGUUUCAAGACGUGGUGGUGCUGAACUCUAAGCGGACCAUUGAAGAGGCGAUGGUCAGGAAGUUGGUGGACUUUGCUGGCAGACCCCACUUACCAUCCUAUAGGUGGGUGUCUCCGCACUUUGACAGCAUCUCUGUGGGAGACUACUCCCUGCUCUGGAAGGCCCAUAAGAAGCUCACCCGCUCAGCCCUGCUGCGGAGUGUCCAUGACUUCGCGGAGCCUCUGGUGGAGCAGCUGACUCAGAAUAUGUGUGAGCGCAUGAGGGCCCAGGCUGGCACCCCUGUGAACAUCGAGAAGGAAUUCUCUCUCCUCACCUGUAGCAUCAUCUGUCAACUUACCUUUGGAGACAAGCAGGAGGACACGUUAGUACAUGCUAUUUAUGACAAUGUCCAGGACUUGAUGAACACCUGGGACCACUGGUCCAUCCAAAUCUUGGACUUCAUUCCCUUGCUCAGGUUCCUCCCCAACCCAGGUCUGUGGAGGCUGAAACAGGCUGUAAAGAACAGGAAUAACCUUGUGGAGAAGCAGCUGAGGCAGCACAAGGAGACCAUGGUAACAGGCCACUGUAGGAACAUUAUAGACUACAUGCUCCAAGAGAUGGAGAAAUUGAGAGUGGAAAAGGCCCCCGUGCAGCUCAGCGAAGGCCACGUGCAUAUGUCAGUGGUGGACCUCUUCAUUGGUGGCACCGAGACAACUUCGAGCACUCUCACCUGGACUGUGGUGUUUUUGCUUCACUACCCUGAGAUUCAGCAGCGACUGCAGGAAGAGUUGGAUCUUGAGCUGAGCUCCAGAGCCUCGGGUUCCCGAAUUGCAUACAGGGACCGUGCACGACUGCCCUUGCUCAACGCCACCAUCACUGAGGUGCUGCGCCUGAGGCCAGUGGUGCCCCUGGCCUUGCCGCACCGUGCCACUCGCACUAGCAGCAUCUUUGGCUAUGACAUCCCUGAGGACUCCAUCAUCAUUGCCAACCUCCAGGGUGCCCAACUGGAUGAGACAGUCUGGGAACAGCCACACGAGUUCCAACCAGACCGCUUCUUAGAACCGAAGGGUAGCCCCAACUCCCUGGCCUUUGGCUGCGGGAUGCGUCUGUGCCUGGGGGAACAGCUGGCGCGGCAGGAGCUCUUUUUGGUGUUGGUGCAACUGCUCCAGGCGUUCACGCUGCUGCCGGUAGAGGGCGCCUUGCCCUCGAAGCUGCCCAACACCAAGUGCACUGUCAAUCUCAAGGCGCAGCCCUUCCAGGUGCGGCUGCAGCCCCGAGGGGCAGGGCUGGGGAACCUGACCAAAAGCCAGUGACCUGGCAGGACGCACAUGUGCCUCAGUUUCAACUUUUAUUGCUCUUGUAAACCCCCCUCCCUCCCCUCUGUAAACAUAGUGCAGUGAGAUGGGGUGAAGGCUCCUCCUGUGGCUGGAUGAUGUAGGUGGCUCCAGGCUCAUCCUUGGUGGGGGGAGGGGACCCCUCAGUGCUCGGCAGUCAGAACUGGGCAGCGGGAGCAGUGAGCAGAGGCUCAGCCUCCCCAGGCAGGAGGGUGGUAGUUUCUUGGUCUCAGCUUCAUUUCCGUGAAAGGCACUGAGAACCCAAAGCCCUUCCAGUAGUACCAGCUCACUCCCUGGAAAGGGGGUUCCAGGAGUCAAAGUCAGACAUGCCCCUUUGGGGAGAUGCUUCCAGGAAUCAACUAACCCUCUUCUCCCCACUCCCUGGUCCCUUCGUAGCCUUUGAUUGCAAAGAACUGUGGCUUAAUCCUAGACUGACCCUUUCUAUACUGUGAAUAAAUCAACUCCUACUAAACACA